GCAUCUUAAUUUCCCGGUGGUUGGAUUUCUUGCGACGCCUGGCGGCGGAUAGAAGUAACAACAUGUUGGUGCAGCAGCAGCAGCAGCGGUCUCUUGGUCCUAACCGGAUGUUGAUACUCGCUGAAAGCGGAACGCAGACAGGAACAGCUGAAAAAGAAAAACAAAGCCACGACGACGACAGAAACAAAACACUUGCGCACACAAUAUAGUGUAAAUAUUGAUGACAUUAUCGCGGGACGAACAUUUCAGUGCCAUUGACACCACAUUUUGAAAGAAAAUGGGACGCAUCUUCCUGGAUCAUAUUGGCGGGACGCGCCUCUUCUCUUGCGCCAACUGCGAUACCAUCCUGACGAAUCGGUCCGAACUCAUUUCCACACGCUUCACAGGAGCCACAGGCAGAGCUUUCCUCUUCAAUAAGGUGGUGAACCUCCAGUACAGCGAAGUGCAGGACCGAGUGAUGCUCACCGGCAGGCACAUGGUGCGGGACGUCAGCUGCAAGAACUGCAACAGCAAGCUGGGUUGGAUCUACGAGUUUGCCACCGAGGACAGUCAGCGGUACAAAGAGGGCCGCGUCAUCCUGGAGAGGGCGCUGGUCAGGGAGAGCGAAGGCUUCGAGGAGCACGUCCCCUCGGACAACUCCUGAGCUCUGGACCUGCUCACGCCCUCCCGCUCUGCUCCUUCCUCCUCUCCACGCUGCACAUCACCACCUGCACACUUGUGGGGGUCGGGGCUGGGGGGGGUGUGAGGUUUUGACUUCAGCUUUCCUCUCCUUUCUUGACCUUUGACCUCUGGCGAUUUUUAAAAAGAAAUAAAAAAUAAACCGUGUGCUGGCUAGGCACCCCCCAAAGUAUUCCCAAAGUCCCUCACCGCAGCUGUAACGAGGUCUCCCUUCACUCUCCUGAUCAUUGAGUUUACAUUCAACACACUUUGAUGCUAACUGAGUUCAUGAAGGAAACAUGGACAUGACUGAGCUGUUUCUGUUUAUGGAGUUAAAGUGUUGAAUUCAGAGGGAGCUGAUUCUAUUUGCAAAAUGUUGUAAAAUGAGCCUCUACUUCUAAUUUUUGUGAUAUUUGUGCUCCUGUGUUGUGUGUUGUGUUGUGGGACCAUCACUUCUUCACACUGAAUGCGUUUAAGACACCAACGUGGCUGUUUAUUCUCCAUCGGUUACAUUUUUUUCUUCUUAGCUUCUAGUUUAAUAGAUAUAGUGGUGUUUCGAAAUCUCCGUUCUCAUGCAAGCGAUACAGUGAGGACCGCACAGAAUGAUGUCAUAUUUGAAUAUUCUUUGUGCUCAAUAGUGAUUCAGCUCCUGCUUCGAUAGUGUACAUACGAUUUGAUUGAUGCAACCUACAGGAAGUGACCUCCGCAGCUUCUGCUCUUGAUGUGAAAGUGGUAGUUGUAGUGGUUACCAUGGAUUCUGGGCCUGCCUGUGUGCCGUGUGAAGAGCAAAGUGUCACUGUGACAUCCUUCUUGUUUAGAAGUCCUGGUUUAUAGGAUGAUGAGUGAUGUCUGAAAGUAGCUGUGACUCCAAGCUAAACACAGAAUAUUAAGGUUUGUAAUUUUAAACACGAGCUCUCUGCUGAUGCUGCCUUCAGCAUGACCCAUGACCCACUCUUUAUAUAACCUACAGCUUGGGGCAUAUUUUUGUCAUCAGAUGACUUGUUUUAUAAAAACCAAAACCCAGGUGAGCUUUAAUGGGGUACUUAGCCCUUAUUUUUGGUCUCUGAUUUUAUAAUUAAAUUGUAUGAAAAAAAAUAAAAUAAUAAUUUUAUGACGUGAUGUUAAUGUUAGACUAUUUUGGGGUGCAGUUUGAUAUGGUGCUGGUUAGAAGUUUACACAAUGCUCUUCGUCGUCAUCACGAAUGUCAUAAGUUUGGACAUUUUUAGUCAAUAAAUUUUAACUAUUUGGUGCACAAGUUUGAAAUUAUUGCUGUUCUGAUUUACAAAGGUUCAGAAUUAUACAUUGAGGCUCAGACAUAUACAUACUCUUCAGACACAUCUCCCCCAGUACGAUUUGGUUACAUUUAUUUCGAGAGUUCCAACACAAAGCCAUGUCUUGGAGCCACUGACCUCUCUUCUUGGCAGAAAUAAUAGAGCAAGUUUAAGGUUUUAAAUUCAGAGAGUUGAGGACAACUUGUUUCUCGUUGUCAGAAUCUUGAUAGUGUCCUGCUUUAUCCAUUCCAGGCCGUAUGUGUGUUUGGGGUCUUGUUGGAACAUAAGAUGGAAGAAAAUAGUUUACAAAGACUUUUCACUCUUCUCUUUGUUUACCAAGCAUGGCGACCCCCGACUCUUAAUGUUUCAGUGUCAAAGAACUAGAUCAGAAGUGAAAA